UACAGUGAGGUAGAGAUGGUCCUACUAGGCAUGGUUAUGUCACUGCUGGUCGUUGGCAUCGUGUUCGGCAACAUCCUGGUCAUCAUAGCCAUCUACCGGUUCCAAAGACUGCAGAACAUCACCAACUGCUUCAUCACCUCUCUGGCCUGUGCCGACCUCGUCAUGGGUCUCAUCGUGGUGCCGUUCGGCGCCUGCUACAUUAUCUUCAACACCUGGCACUUCGGCAGCUUCUGGUGUGAGUUCUGGACUGCCACUGACGUGUUGUGUGUGACGGCCAGCAUCGAGACGCUCUGCGUGAUAGCGCUGGACCGUUACCUGGCCAUAACCUCUCCGUUCCGCUACCAGUCUCUGCUGACCAAGUGUAAGGCGCGCGUGGUGGUCCUGCUGGUGUGGGUGAUCGCUGGACUCAUCUCCUUCUUACCCAUCCACAUGAAGUGGUGGAUCAGUGACGACGCGGAGGCGAAGGCCUGCAUCCAGAACAGCAACUGCUGUGACUUCAACACCAACACAGCCUACGCCAUCACCUCCUCCAUCAUCUCCUUCUACAUCCCCUUAGUCGUCAUGGUGUUCGUCUACAGCCGCGUGUUCCAGGAGGCCAAGCAGCAACUACGUAAGAUCGACCGCAGCGAGGGGCGCUUCCACGUCCAUAACAACAACAUGGCAGGAGGAGGAGGGGUGGAGAGUAACAACGAGAGCCGAGGAGUUGGAGGAGGCUUCAGGAAGACCAAGUUCUGCCUGCGGGAACACAAGGCCCUGAAGACCCUCGGGAUCAUCAUGGGGAUCUUCACGCUGUGCUGGCUACCCUUCUUCGUCUUCAACGUGGUGGUAGCCAUCUGGAAGGUAGGGGACAUCGGACUUGCCUUCAGGAUACUCAACUGGAUAGGUUACGCCAACUCCGCAUUCAACCCCUUGAUCUACUGCAGGAGCCCUGAGUUCAGAUAUGCAUUCAAGGAGAUCCUGUGCAUCAAGAAGGUCCGGUUCCCCAACAUAGGGCCUACUAAUGGAUACGUGUACAGCGGACACAGCUGGCAGAGUGAGCAGCAGGGAGGGAGGAGUAAGGGGAGCUCGGAGGACAGUGACCCAGCUGCAGACGGGAGCUCUGGGAGGGGAGAGCCAGGUGGGGGUGGAGCUGCAGACGGAACGGACCCGAACGGGAACUGCAGUAAAGGGUUAACAAUUGUACUUUAA